AGAAAGAGGCAGGAGGAGGGCGGGAUGCUGGCUUAACGGGAAGCCUUUCACCACUUUCCAUUGCCUUCCGCCUCUCGCAAACAUCAUUAAGAUUUUCUGAUGAAGACUCGCUGAGACGCUUGACGCCGACUUUUAUCCAAAGGACGUGAUGGCGGGAAGCCCCGAGAAUAUCGCCAUGGGCGAGAGCACGCUGUCCCAGUCGCGCGACCAGCUGACACCGCCCAGUCGCACGGAGAGUACGGUGUUCAGCCUGUCGCGGAGCGGGUCGCUGUGGACGGCCGAAACGCCGCCGGGCCGGUGCCAGGUCUUCUGGUUCCCCAUCCACUUCAUGUCGACGGGCGGCGGGUUCCUUGCGUGCGGCGUCAUCAUCAGCGGCCUCUACUUUGCCGGCCACAGCCGCAAGGUCAGCAACAUCCUGGGCCCCGCCCUGGUCUCCAUCGGCCUGAUGGUCUUGGUGGUGGGCGUGGUCCUCAUCCCCAUCACCAAGGAGAACCGGAGGCGAGCUUUGAAGAAACCGCUCGUCUUUCACCGCCAGCCCACCUUCAACGUGUGAACUCCACCGGGAUUUCUAUGCAGAUUUUUAUAUAGUACGUUAAACGGUCGAGUCAAGUUGGACCCAUUUGGAGAGUUUCACUUUCGGGGUGUGCUCACUUUUGUUGCUAGACAAAUGCGUUUGAUUUUUUGCGGGUACAGUCAUAUCCCGACUAUUUGACAUUGUAGCAGAGCGUCAUUUCUUAAGUGGAAAGCCUUGAUCAAAUAUUUACACAAAUGGGAGGGAGGUCCUCACUUUUGUGAGCUCGCGUUGAGGUUUGACUUUAUUGGCACGGUGCAGAAAGCUGCCACCAAGGUACUCGGGAAUGUUUUCGAUGGCAAAGUGCACUUGAGGGUGGGACUAAUGCGAUACGAUCGACUGACUGAAUGAAUUAUUAAACGCUACUUGACAUUUCCUCUCCAAAUCUCUCGUGAGGCCCAAUGAGCGCCGGACGCCAAAGCCCUUCAACGCUAAAUAACACCACACUGCGCUUUAAAUGCUGUCACAACAAACAACAGUUCAUGGUUUCACAUUUAUUUC